AUAGGCUCAUUCUUGUCGAGCGCGUCAAUUGCGGAGCGAGUUUUCGUCACUAUCCAAGUUCAUUUUCCAGGAAAACUAGGUACAUCCAAACGAUGCUCUUCACCGAGCGAUGGGAGCGUGCAACAGCACCAGGACCUGACCAAAAGGUUCCGGGGGCUGUCAUGAUUGCGGCUGAUGCAUAUGGCAAGAUCACGCAUGCUGAAGCAAAAGGCGUAACAUCCAUCGAACCCGACAAAGCAAGCUCGAUGACCCUCGAUACCACCUUCUGGAUUGCAUCAUGCACAAAACUCCUUACCACUAUCGCGGCCUUGCAAUGCGUGGAAAAGGGCCUGUUAAGUCUCGACACAGAUGUUUCCAAUAUCCUCCCCGAAUGGAAGACGUCCGAAAUUCUCACCGGUUUCAACGAAAGUGGUGAGCCACAGUUGUCGAAAUCCACAAACACAAUCGCCCUACGUCAACUCCUCACGCAUUCGAGCGGCAUGGGAUAUGAUUUCCUCUCGCCCGAGCUGGCGAAAUGGCGACGAUGGCGUGGAGAGGAGCCUGGUCCUUCCAUUGAACCCUUGGCCAAACGCUAUUCAAUGCCACUCUUGUACGAACCCGGCGAGGGGUGGGCCUAUAGUGUAUCCAUUGAUUGGGCUGGAAAGAUGGUUGAAAGAGUCAACGACGAUAUCCAUUUGGGCGAGUACAUGAGGCAGCACAUUUGGAGGCCUCUUGGCAUGACUUCAACUGGCUUUCACCCUGAAGAGAACGAGCAUAUACGCAGCCAUCUCUGUACAACAACCGCGAGGGCUUCUUCGGGAGAACUUGUGCCAGCACCGCCGUACUAUUCGCGUAAUCCGCAUGAUGACCUGGGUGGAGGUGGUUUGUACAGUUCUGCCAGCGAUUACUUGAAAGUCCUGGUUUCGUUGCUCAAGAACGAUGGGCAGCUUCUUAGGCCAGAAACAGUAAGAAAGAUGUUUGAGCCGCAACUUCAGGAUGAGAAGCACUUGUUGGUCCAUGCUCUUGAUCCCACCACAGGGGCUAUGUUCAGAGGUGGCGUUGAAAGCAAGGCAUGGAAUUUCGGCCUUGGUGGAAUCUUGAACAUGGACGAUGUGGACGGCGUCUGCAAGAAAGGGACGUUGUCGUGGGGAGGCCUCCCCAAUUUAUUUUGGUGGAUUGAUCCCGCUGCAGGAAACUGCGGCAUAUACGCGUCACAAAUCCUUCCGCCUGGAGACCCAUUUUCGAUUGAUCUUGCGGUAGACUUCCGCAAAGAGGUUCAUGCCAGGCGCAGCUUGUGAGGGUCGCUGCAAUGCCAUAACUUGUUCGUCAAGUCCUUCAGCGCAAAAACCUGUUGAUGUGUGUAGAGGCGGGAGCUGCGGAAUCGAAUCAUUUCCGUCUU